GGGAGAAGGGCCAGUGGAGGGUCUCGGGAGGGCGGGCAGGAGGGCCGUACCCACAUUGCGACCUUAAGAGUGUCCCGGGGCCGCGGCCGCCAGCGGAGCGCGGGCGGCGGAGUGCAAGCCGGUGCAGCCUGGCGCGGCGGGAUAUGUGGUACACAGCCUGCACUGUAGAGAAUUGCCUUCCACAGAACCCAGUGGCGCCAUGAAGUCCAAUCCUGCCAUCCAAGCUGCCAUUGACCUCACGGCAGGGGCCGCAGGGGGCACAGCAUGUGUGCUGACUGGGCAGCCCUUCGACACCAUGAAGGUGAAGAUGCAGACGUUUCCAGGCCUCUACCGGGGCCUCACCGACUGUUGCCUGAAGACCUACUCCCAGGUGGGCUUCCGUGGCUUCUACAAGGGCACCAGUCCUGCACUGAUUGCCAAUAUUGCGGAAAACUCGGUGCUCUUCAUGUGUUAUGGCUUCUGCCAGCAGGUGGUCCGCAAAGUGGUUGGACUGGACAGUCAGGCAAAACUGAGUGACCUCCAGAACGCAGCUGCUGGUUCCUUUGCCUCUGCCUUUGCUGCACUGGUCCUCUGCCCCACAGAGCUUGUGAAGUGCCGGCUCCAGACCAUGUAUGAGAUGGAAUCUUCAGGAAAGAUAGCUGCAAGCCAGAACACAGUUUGGUCAGUUGUGAAGGAAAUCUUUAGGAAGGACGGCCCCUUGGGCUUCUACCACGGACUCUCAAGCACUUUACUUCGAGAAGUACCAGGCUACUUCUUGUUCUUCGGUGGCUAUGAAUUGAGCAGAUCGUUUUUCGCAUCAGGGAAAUCAAAAGAUGAACUAGGUCCUGUCCCAUUGAUGCUAAGCGGUGGAUUUGGUGGAGUUUGCCUAUGGCUUGCCGUCUAUCCGGUGGACUGUAUCAAAUCUAGAAUUCAAGUUCUUUCUAUGACUGGAAAGCAGACGGGGUUAGUCAGAACCUUCCUGAGUAUCGUGAAGAACGAAGGAAUAACAGCUUUGUAUUCUGGACUGAAACCCACUAUGCUUCGAGCCUUCCCUGCCAAUGGGGCACUGUUUUUGGCCUAUGAAUAUAGCAGGAAGUUGAUGAUGAACCAAUUGGAAGCAUACUGAAGUGUCCUGGUGGCCUGGAUUCGAGGCAGGGCAGGCGUUCAGUGACUGUGGUUAACUCAGGGUUUCACGAGUACAAGAACAAUGUGGAAUUGUUGAUUAAUUGGGACUUUUGUCCUUGUCUUCCCUUCUUCUGUUUAAAGUCUUAGACUUUGUGGAAGACCCUACACAGUAUACUUUCUGCCCAUUAUUGUGCCAAAAGAAAAAAGUCGCUGCUCUUGCCCUUGGAAUGGCAGGGCAGCUAGCUGGUGGCCUUAUGCAGACUGUUCUUCUCAGGACAGAACUUCCGCAGAGAUCAGAGGUACACGUGCAAUUUAGAUGGAUCUAAGUUGAGGAAAAUACAGUUUUGUUCCCUGUCUAGUUGUAAAUGGAGACCAAUUUCUAUGCAGAUUGUUGUAAAUGAUUGCUUAACCCAUCCUAGAUGUAGGGCCAAAGGUCACUGAGCCUGUGCACUAAGAGGUUAUAUCAAAGCUAAAACAUCCAUCUAUAUUUUUAGUUUUUAGAUGCAUACUUGUGGCUUAUACAUUCUUGACGAAAUUUCAGGGAGGAUAUCCUGGAUUUUUUUUUUUUUCCAAGAUGCUCAACUCAGUUUUCUAGGCUGGCUUAUUAUUAUGCACUCUGGGUGGGAGUGGCCUGGAGUGUAGCUCCUGGAGGGCAGCAGAGUUCUCACCCCUCCCUUCUCACUUCCUUAUUCAAGACUCCUGAGAGACAAGGGAAGCCCUGCCAGGCUCUGAGGAAAACUGACAGUGGCUUUUACCUGCUCUCAGCAGGAAUCCAGGCUGCUCUUUUUUUUUUUUUCUUUCUUUCUUUUUUUCAAGACAGGGUUUUUUUGUAGCUUUGGAGCCUGUCCUAGAGCCAGGUCUUGUAGACUAGGCUGGCUUUGAACUCACAGAGAUCCGCCUGCCUCUGUGCUGGCUUUAAAGGCGUGCACCACUACCACCCAGCCAGACUGUCUUUCUGCUCCACCAAUCAGAGGUCCUUAAGGAAGCAGAGCAGUCUGGGCUCCCUGCUUUCGUCCCUGAUCCUACUCGCAGGAAGUCUAGGGGAGCUCACCGGGUACCACCUCAUAACCAUGUCAGUGCUCACCCUCCUGAAGUUUACCUUGGGACCCGGAACUCCUUGAUUUGCCUCUACAUUUGGAGCUGACAGUCAAUAAUUUUUUUGUUUUUUUCGAGACUGCGUUUCUCAGUAGCUAUAGAGCCAGUCCUGGAACUCACUGUGUAGACCAGGCUGUCCUCAAACUCAGAUAUCCGCCUGGCUCUGCCUCCUGAGUGCUGGGAUUGAAGCCAUGCACACCCAGCAAUGAAUAGAUGAUGUAUAAAUAUGGAAAGUGUUGUGACAUAAUAAAGACAUUUUUAUUAAACUAGGUAGUAUGUAUGUAGCGACCAAAAUCACAUCAUCUGCAAUACUCCAAGAGCAGAGGGGCUGUCGGUAGGAUUUGUCCCUGCUCUGCCUAUAAAGGUGAAGGUGGUAGGUUUGCUAAUGCCCCCUUGAACAGUGCCAGGAGCACAAGGUUGGGGAAGCAAAGUGUUCCAAAAAGGGAGGGGUGCCUCUCAGCAUCCCUGGGCUGGCUUUUUAUGAGAAACAGUCUUUCUGCUUUAGUUCUCUCUGUUCUUGUGUGACCAGUGGCCACUGAGUGGUGCUUCAUCUGUACAGGUCUGGAUUGAAGCAAAAUAGGAUUGGCUUCCUGUAGGAAGAGGACUGACCAAAGCCAUGGUCUUGCUUUUGGGUGUCUGGGGUCUGUUAUCCCUGCAUGUCUUCUUGCAAUCUGCCCAUUAAAGAUUUGUGGCCUCUUCUAUAAAAACAAGGGGAAGUAAAAAAGAAAGACCUAAGGAGAAUUUUUAUUAUUAUUAUUAUUAUGGUUUAAUUUGUGGUUUAAUGUUUGGGUACAAUUGUAUUUAAGACAAAACCAGAACUUGAGAUAGUUUGUUUAAAGAAAUGAGUACUUUAUCAUUAUUAAAUAAAACUAACGUUGAGUCUAUGGUGAACUUCAUUUAAAUACAUUUUAUUUGUAUUAAGAACCAAUUUGUAUUGGAACAAGUAUUGUCUUGCCAGCAAGGUUUCCUGAUGUAAAAUAAUUUUACUGUAGACCAGUUGACAAAUGUUGUACUCUGUAGUUAUGAAACAUCCAGCUAGAUUGCUCCUGCCUUCUGCAAGUGUGGUGGUUUGAAAGAGAACGGCCCCCAUGGGGCUCAUCUAUUUGAUGCUUAGUCACCAGGGAGGGAGCUCUUUACUACGGGAUUAGAAGGAUUGGGAAGUGUGUCCUUUCUGGAGGAAGGGAGGUUUCAAAAGCCCAUUCCCGGCUGGCCUGGUGACUCUCCCUGCUGACUGUGGGUCAGAAUGCAGAGCUCUUGGCUCCAUAGUCAUGCCUGCCUACGUGACUAUGUUCCUGCUAUGAGGGUAAUGUAAGCAAGCCCUCAAACUGUAAUGUGUAUUGUAUGUGUAUUUCAUAUUAAUGAUAAAUGCAAACAGAUUUCUAAAAGAUUUUAAAGCCGCAUUAUGAUGACUGAUGCAUUGAAAUGAUGACUCAAAGAUUUCGUUUUGUUUCUGUAAGUUGAAUUUAGCACAGCUGGCAUAAACCUUGUCAUAAUAUAUGCAUGGGACAUUAGGCUGUUUCCGCUGGAUUACAGUGUAGCCCUACCUGUUUUGUUCAUAUAAAAGCUGUAUGAAACCAAAAGAAAAAAAAGGGCAGUCAUCAUAGUAUUUAGGAAGAUUCUUAAAAA